CUUUUAGUUCCAGUGGUCAUCAUGGGAAGCGUGAAAUCCCCUUACGAAGAAGUGUCGGUGACGAAGGCUCGGUCUACUCGAAGUGAUAGUGUCAGUUGUAGUGCGUUUCAGCUCAUGAAAAGUGCGUAUCACUUAGGAGCCAUGUUCUCGAACGUCAGUAAGCCAACUGACAAUCUGGAGCAUACAGGGAAUAAGUACCUGGAUGAGACCUGCCUCUUUCUCAUGAAUCUCUGGACGAAAGAAGAGGUGGUUUCAGCGAGUGAAGAUGAGGUCCACCAAGCCCUUUAUGGGUCCAAUACUGAUGAUGGGUUUAUUCCUGACAUGAUAGGAGACUCAGAAAUCAUGGAUCUCAAACGUCGCAAGCAUCUCAUUCGAGUCAUACCUGCUCGUUGCCAAGGAUACCCAUGGAGAUUGGUGUACAGCACAUCCAGAGAUGGGUUCUCUCUAUCAAACCUGUACAGGAAAAUGGAAGGUGCAGAUUCCAGUAUUCUCUUGGUCAUUGAAGACACAGGGCUCAAUGUUUUUGGAGCUCUUCUCUCAGAUCCACUUGUGGUGGCAGAUCACUUUUAUGGGACUGGAGAGAGCUUUCUCUAUACUUUUGCUGCAGAUAACUUUCAGAUCUUCAAGUGGUCAGGUGACAAUGAUUUCUUCAUUCGGUGUCACCCAGACAGCAUUGCAGUUGGUGCUGGCGAUGGACACUUUGGUCUGCUUUUGGAUGAAGACUUGAACAAUGGAAGAACGGAAUCUUGUCUCACAUUUGCCAAUGAUCCUCUCUCUCCAAACAAGGAUUUUGUUAUCAAAACUCUGGAAUGCUGGUCAUUUGACUGAAUGCUGCAAGACUCUUGAGAAUUUUGGUAUUGUUGGAUUGAAGGUAGAGAAAGAAAAUCAGGGACUCAAAAAAUUUGAAGCUCAGGCAUGCCAAGGAAAAUAAGAAAACAAAAAGAAUCAUCUUUGGUGAUGAAUUGAUGCCACGGAGAAGGGAAAUCAGUUGUGUUUGGGUCACUAUACCUAUGUGAUUUUCACACACUUUUCUUCAUCCUGAGGUGGCAACAAGCAAGAUGGGCACCAUGGUCCUCUUUUUCACAUACUUGAUGGCUUCACGUCACGUCUCACAACAUGGUGCUGGAAUGAAAUUUUUGUGGAGUUUUCAAUUGGGGGAAAUCCAGUCUCUCAUGCAUGAGACUUGUAGUCCUUUCGUUAUUGUGUCAUAUUCUUGUUCAUUUGUCAUCAUUUUUGGCUGCAAGAUGAAAUACAUUUGUUGGGAGAGGUGUUAGUGGUCAUGCAACAGUGCUUGAUCCAGCUUAUGAUUGUCUUGCUUACUCUCUUUUUUUCUCUUUUAAAAUGAGUCUCUGUGGGUGUUUGAGUGUGAUUGAGACCUUGUUCUCCCUCAUCUCCCCUGCUGUUGUCUCUCUCAAUCUUGUACCAUCCUGGCAUCGGAUACUUACAUUUCUUGAAUCAGUGUUCACUGUGGCAUAUGUCAAGAGAUCUGCUAUGGUAACUGUGUUCUGAAGCUUAAUAGCAUUCUUGUGAAAAUUUUCUGUUAAGCCUUUCAAGAGGUGAGGGAAGGACAGGGUCAUAAUUAAGGUCUCGUUUUUCAUCCAUUCCCCAAAAGACAUUCCACUUCUAAGAGUAGUUUAUUAUGGGCAUAAUGAAACUACGGCUUUUUUUCAUUCCUGCCUUUUUUUCCCUAAGAGGCAAUGUAUUUUUUUUUUUACCUGUUUCUCCUCUUUUUUUUUUUCCUCUCUCUCAAACCAUUCAGUACAAAACUUUCUAUCCAUGAAAGGUGCUUGAAAAAAGAUUAUAGCCGGUGUGAAACUCCUGAUCCCUUUUCAGUUUGAUUAAAUCUUGUCCCACAAGAUUCUGCAUUGAUGAAUUUUCUCCCAAUUUCCUAUGGAAAUUCAGCAUGUGGCAGUCCUAUGUAAUGAGCUCUUGAAAAAUAAGCUCACUAAGGUCCCUAUAUUCCUGUAUGAACAAAUGAGUCUUUUUGUAAGUGUGUUUCCACUGCCUGGUCCCAAGCUGUUUUUCUAUGAAUUUGGGUCAGUCCUUUCUUGAGUCAAUGUUGGGGUAUUUUUUUCAUCAUGGAUGUGUUGCAGGCUUCCCUCUGUCCGUUUCUUGUUCUUAGUUGUGGUGAGACAGAGAAAAUCAAAGGGACAGAGGAGGUUGAAGGCACAUGCAGACACGCUUCUGUGGACCCAAGGCUUUUGCCAGACUGUGGUAGAUUCUAUGGAUGUCACAAUGGAGAUGCAGUAUAUUCCAAGAUCUAGAAUAAAGUCGUAGUGUUUUUCAGGA